CGUUACCUACCGGGAGACCGGGGAUACCCUACGACCGCGGACUGGGACCGUCUGAACAGAACAGUCGGCGGUAGGCUCGUCAAGGUGGUUCCUCUGGCCCAAAUCUGCUUUGGAAGUAACGUCAACGACGCAGCGUGUGCGGUGCUGAGGGAACAAUGGGGUUCCGUGGAUCCUUUCCUACCGGACCCUGUACAUGUCAUGUCACCCUACUGGCUCAACAACUCGUGUAACCCAUCUCUCGGUCCUACUGGGAGCUGUACGCUGGGCAACAUGGCUCCUUACGCCAUCCGGGUAACCGGCGCCAGCGACGUGAUCGCGGGAAUCCAGUUUGCCAGUGCCAAAAACAUCCGCCUCACGAUCAAGAACACGGGCCACGACUAUCUCGGUCGGUCCACCGGUGAGGGGUCGCUAGCGUUGUGGAUGCACAAUCUCAAGGAUACCGCUGCCCUCGACUACAAGAGCUCCUACUACAAGGGGCCGGCCCUGAAAGUCGGGGCCGGCAUUCAAGUUCUUGAGGCCUACAAGGCUGCCAAGGACCACGGCCUGCGCGUCGUCGGCGGCGCCUGUCCGACCGUAGGUCUGGCGGGAGGCUGGCUCACGGGGGGCGGUCAGGGGCCCCUUACUUCCAAAUACGGUCUGGGUGCCGACCAGGCGCUCGAGUACGAAGUCGUGACGGCGGUUGGCCGACGUCUGGUCGCUUCUCCAACCCAAAACUCGGAUCUCUACUGGGCGUUGAGUGGCGGCGGUGCCGGCAACUAUGCCGUGGUCCUCUCCAUCACGGUCAAGGCGUACCGCGACGGGCCUGUGGCGGGCUACUCGAUGCUCUUCACCAACACGAACCCGGAGUCAUACUGGGCCGCCAUCAAGGCCUGGAUCCAGCGCCUCGUCGAAAUCGACAUCAAGUACCCGACCUUCAACAGCGCCGUCACCUUCACCAACGAGUUCUUCUCCCUCGACUUUGCCACCCUGGCCGACGCGACCGAGAGCGAGAUCGAAACCGUCCUUGCCCCCUUUCUCUCCGACCUACAGCGCCUCCAAAUCACACCGCUGAGAACCGACCGCCACGUCUCACCAACCUACUACGACCAUUACCAGUACUUCACCACCAACCCCAGCGUCAACGGCACCAGCCUGACAGUCAGCAACCGGCUGAUCCCACGCUCGCUCGCCCAACCAGACCGACUCCCCACACUGAUCGACACAAUCCGCGGCAUCGCAACGACAGGGAGCAACAACUCAGCCGUGUUUGUCAUCAUCAACAACAACGUAACCCACGCCCACGUAGGCAACCGGCCGGGGGCCAACGCCGUGCUGCCGGCGUGGCGAGACUCGCUGUUUCUCCUCAACUUUGGCCUGCAGCUGCUGCCCGAGGGGAACGCGCCGUGGUCGCAGAUCCGGGAGCACCAGGUGCUUGUUAAUUCGUGGCUUGAUGCCUUUCGCCGCCUGACCCCCGGUGGUGGGAGCUAUCUUAAUGAGGGUACCUUUGAUUACCCGGCUUGGAAGACGGAGUACUAUGGUGCAAACUAUGGUCGGUUGGCAGCUAUUAAGGCGAAGUAUGACCCGGAGUAUUUGUUCUUUGCUAAUGCGGCUGUUGGGAGUGAUGUUGCUUGGAGGGCGGGGCCUGAUGGG